UGUUGACAAUCUGUUUUGCGAAAAAGUCGAAAAAGUAUUCUGUCGAUUUCACUAAGCGUAGUUUUUAUAAUUCAACUUGUAAACUUAGCGCGUAGUUUCAUUCAUCAGACUGCAAUAUGACUUCAGAGCUUGACCACUGGAUAGAAAUCACCAAACAGUGUAAAUAUUUGCCUGAGAAUGACUUGAAAAAACUGUGCGAUUUGGUAUGUGAUUUGCUUAUCGAGGAAUCGAAUAUCCAACCAGUCAGUUCUCCGGUUACCGUCUGCGGAGAUAUUCAUGGCCAGUUUUACGAUUUAGAGGAGUUAUUUCGCACCGGUGGACAUGUUCCAGACACAAACUACAUUUUCAUGGGCGAUUUCGUAGACAGAGGAUAUUACAGUCUGGAAACAUUCACGAGACUGCUGACGUUGAAGGCCCGUUAUCCAGAUAAAAUCACUCUGCUUAGAGGUAACCAUGAGUCACGACAAAUUACCAAAGUGUACGGAUUUUAUGACGAAUGUUACACCAAGUACGGGAACGUGAACCCGUGGAAGUAUUGUUGCCGGGUGUUCGACUUAUUAACCAUUGCUGCCUUGAUUAACGAAGAAGUUUUAUGCGUCCAUGGUGGUCUUAGUCCGGAAAUAAAAACUCUUGAUCAGAUUCGAUCAAUCAACCGUGACCAGGAGAUUCCACAUAAAGGCGCAUUCUGUGAUCUUGUCUGGUCGGACCCAGAAGAUAUCGACACAUGGGCAGAAAGUCCUAGAGGAGCCGGAUGGUUAUUUGGUGCAGCAGUUACGCGUGAUUUCAUCCAUAUCAAUAAACUAGAUUUGAUAUGCCGUGCUCAUCAGUUAGUACACGAAGGGAUAAAUUAUUUGUUCGACCGAAAGUUAGUUACCGUAUGGUCUGCUCCCAACUACUGCUAUCGUUGUGGUAACGUAGCGGCGAUACUCAAGUUCGAUGCGAAUAACGACUCUCUGGUGGAGAUAUUUAAAGCUGUCCCAGACAACGAGCGAGUUAUGCCAAGUCAACGUGUUACGCCGUAUUUUCUGUAAAGCGCUUUGUGUUAGAUAACUUUUGUUAUGAACAAUUUGUGUAACCAACGCUAAAAUAAAUAGCUGCUUUUGUGAAUAUAUA